AUGGCCAAGGCACGGAGGAAAGCAGGGAAGAGCCCCCACUUUCCACCUGGCACCAGAACAGGGGGCAACCAGGAUACACAGCUGAAGUGGGCUGUUCUUGACGUGUAUGCAAUGAUAGAUGAAGAGGAAGGCUAUACCAGUGAUUGGACCAAGGACAAGGAGAUCAUGGUGGGACUGAUGGACCCAAUGAAGAGGAUCCACACCAUGCCUUUGGAGGAAGUGCUUGGGAAACCUGGGAUGGGUGAUGGGUUCCUUCAUGGGCUCAUUGAAGAAAUGGUGGCAAAUGGAGAAUUUCUGGAAGAGGAGUUCAGAAUGAAUAGGAGGCUUAAGAACAAACAGUUUGAAGUGGCCGGGAUCCAUGGUUGGGCAGCAGAUGAAGUAACAGGAGAACCAAUGUAUGUCAUCACUCGGAAAGGUGAAACGUUAGCCCAUGAUGUGAGGGACUGCCUGAAUGAAAACUGGUUUCUGGUUUAUGCUCAGCCUACGAGUAAUGAGGAGCCUGCAGCAGGGAGCAUUAUGCACCAUCUGUGGCAUAUGCCUCAGUUGGAAUUGGCAUGA